GACAAGACCCAGGUGGCGCUAGAAGCCCAUCUUUGUCGACAGAGAGAAGAAAGGGGAAAAGCCUCGCGGCCCUCGCGUGAUUCGUGACUUUAUUUCGGGACGGAUUUACAGCAACUAAAUUGACAUCAGGAAGCUCAACGGUUAUUCAAUCAUCAUGACUUCUUCCACGACUUCCUCCUCCUGGUUUUGCGAUGCUCGCCAUCCGGCUCGUCGUUUUCACCUUUCACUCGGUUCGAUCGCAGCGCCAUUACAAAAGCAACCAUCAAGCCGAUCCAGAAGACAGCAAUCAUAUCGGCUACUAUUUACAAUGCGCAACGACGAUCACGCAACAUCAGCUAUUAGCCGGCUUCUUCAUUAAAGUGCUUUGCACGCUAAACGCGAUUGCCACCAAAUCAAACGCGACCGCCAUCCAAGCAAUCAUCAACGUCGACACCGUGUUAUGGCCCUUGUGGACCACGCUUGCUGUCUGCAUUGACGACACUGUUCUUCGAUAUCGCGAUCCGGGCCAUCGCGGCAUUGAUAGUCAAACUUCACGAAUCGAUCGCUGCCGAUUUUGCCGAAAUCCGACAACAAGCGUUGACUUUUGGUGCUGCUGUCUCCGAAGAGAAGGUGGACGGCGAAGGGACCUAGACUGGACCAGCGUCUAAGCCGACUCCUUACUCUGGCCUCUUUGGACAGACCUCUUUCACCAUCUUCAUCGACAGAGUUUUCAUCAACACAAUCCUCUUCACCUUCGGUUUCCAGGAACAACGCACGCCUGGCCCCGCCAGCCAACUUUCAACCAUUAUCGGCAAAACACUGCAAUGCAUACUCUAACUGAUAUCAAGUCUCACAGCAUCAUCAGCAAAACACCACGGGUCUCAAAACAACAUGG